AUGGCUACUGGACUCUUGGUGGACUUGCAACCAUUCCCGAGCGACAUGUGGCAGCUGUCGGUUCUGCUGCUGCUUCUGGCAAACGCAGAGUGCGAGCUCAACCAGCUACUGGACUCCAUCUAUGCGGAUCAGCACUUUGAGACACUUUUGGUGCUGCAACACAGCCAAAGCCGAGCAGAGGAGAUGGACAAAAGGUGGGACUGGUCCUGGCCUGUCCUAAGCUUCGAUGAGCAAGUGGAUUGCCAACUGAGUGGCAGCUUCAACAACGAGAUGCUGGCCCUCGUCUGGCUGUGGGGCGAGAACAAUGAAUGGAAUCUGGAGCUGUGGCAGGCAUUGGACAGGAAUCUGCAGAAUAUGAGGCAUGUGCCGCUGUUAUUGGUGUUGCAAGCGGAGGAGGCAGAGGGACAGCCACUUCAAAAAAUUGCCAACACUGCAGAGCAGCUGAGAUUUCUUCUGGUGGCUGUGCUGAGUGCCCAAGGCAAAGUUAAUCGCCUGCAGCCUUAUGCCCAGCAGCAAUGGCGAGAGAUGGAUCCCCGGGGAGAACCCAUCUUCGCCAGGAUUAGGGACUAUCAGGGCAGGGCCCUACUGACGCUGCCCGAUCAAUUUCCCCCACGUUCGUUGGUCUACCAGGAGCCGCAAAGCCAGCAGCUUGGCAUGACGGGCUAUGUGGCCAAAUUGGUGAUGGAAUUUGCGCGAAUUUACAACCUGACCAUAGAGUGGCAGCGUCCCAUUGCACCCGGCGAGCACAUGUCACUGAUCCUCCUCAGGAAUCUGACACUUAACGGAACCAUUGACAUGCCCAUCAGCCUGUGUGGCUAUGAGGCGCCCAGCGACUCAGGCGUCUUCUCGGUGCCCUACGAUCUGGAAAAGUGGUUCGUAAUGGUGCCCUGUGCUGAGGAGAUAACCACAGCGGAUGUGUAUGGAAUCAUGUGUGGCAGAAAGUUCCUGGGAAUCCUAGCGGGCAUCUACUUCAUCUUUGCGAUGCUGGACACGUGCUUUGGGUAUCUGCUGCUGCGGCGAGGCAUCGACUGGUGCACGCUGGCCUUCAACGAGCGCAUAAUAUCGGGCAUGAUUGGUCAGUCGUUCAAUAUGAGUGCCCAGAACAUGAUCAGCUCCAGGGUGGCACAUGCCCAGCUCUUUCUGCUCGGACUAGUACUGAGCACACUCUUUGCGGCACAUCUGAAGACACUCCUGACCAAGCGACCGCCCGACCGACAAAUCUCCGACUUUCCGCAACUGCGCGAUGCUCCCGUGGACAUUUAUUUCGAUGAGGCGGAACACUUUUAUCUGGACAGCUUCAAGGGCGAACAAACCGUCGAGUUGAUACGCUCCAAAAUAAAAUAUUUGAGCACCGCGCGGUUCCAGGCCAAAAGGCAAACGCUGAACAAGUCGCAGGCUUUUUCUGUGCUCACCGCCGAGUGGCUGAUCACGGCCAAGCGGCAGGAGCUGUCCCAGCGACCCGCCUUCUGCUCCAUGCCUGGACUGAUUAUUGGCUCGCAGAUCAUCUUGUCGCUGCCCAUGCAGGCAAAUUCCAUCUAUGAGCGUCCCAUCAAUCGACUCAUCAUGCGAGUUCACUCUUCGGGCCUCUUGGCGUACUGGAAGAAGCAAACGCUCUACGAGAUGAUUUCAUUGGGACUGAUACAACAGGAUAAACCUUUUCCCUAUGCGGCAUUCCACGAGUUCAAGGUGGCAGAUCUCACCUGGGUGUGGGUCCUCCUAAGCGUCUCUCUUCUGCUGUCAUGGCUGAUAUUUCUGGGUGAACAUUUGGUGGAUUUCACCCAAAGGAAAGUACGAUUUCACAUGGGAAACCAUUAA